UAUUAAUCUGUGGUGUGAAAUAAUUUUAAAUAAAAAUAUUGAAUGUCAAUUUUAUUUUUUGUGUUGUGAUAAAUAAUAAGUCGUAGAUAAUUAUAGGUAUCGCAACAUUUCCUAAAAGUUUCAAUCCUUCGCGGCUUCAAUUACUUUCUUUGUAAAAUUCUCAGUUUACUUGCAUAGUCAGAACGCCGAUUGAAGUUAUGUCACUCAGAAAUUAUCAUAGUGAUUAGUGUGUGGUGGUUAUCGAUAUAAAAUUAAUUUGUAGAUUACUAUAUCGGUAGAUUUUCUGUAGUAACGCGAUAUCGGUUCUAUACAUAAUGUAAUUUGUGUCAGACAAAUGGAUUGACAAUAAUUUAAUCACAAGGAAUCGGCGCCUUCAGCAAUCUAUUAAAUUGAAGAAUUAAAACUAGAUAUGUCUGAAUUACAAAAUGAUCAGACCACAUCGGAACAAAGUCUCAAAUCUGAACCAUUGGAAAUAAAAGAAGAGAAUGAAGUACAAAUUAAGCUAGAAAUAGAGAAUGCAAUAGAUACAAAUGUUCAAGAUGAAAAUCCGUUUCAAAAUAUACAACUGCAUGUCAAAGAGGAAGUCUGCGAUGAUCAGAAAGAAAUUACGGAAGAAGACAAUCUCCCUGAUAUACCGUUCUGUGAAAAAGAAGAGAAACAGGAAGAGAUAAAGGAAGAAUAUACCCCAGAAGAUGAAUCCGUUAUCACAUAUGAUUAUCCCAAUUAUGAAGACAGUAUGGAUAGCUCAGAUGCAACUGCGCUAGGUAAUGUUGAGGCUUGUUUGCAAGAAGAAAUUAAAGAAGAGAAUGAUCUUUUUGAGCAAAGUGAUAAAGAAGAAAUAACAAGUACAAUCAAAGAAGAAGCAGAUUUAACCGUAACAGAAACAAAUCUCAUAUCCAAUAAAGUUAUCAACACAACUUCAACAAUAUCUAAUCCUCAUUUAGGUGUUAUUGAAUCACAGACAACAAAAACAUUGGUAAUGGAAAUUCACCCGAUGAUACACACUGGCAGUGUAGCAUUGGACAAAAUGGGCAAUCCUGAAGAAAUAUUAUCCACUUCGUAUGAAGAAGAUCAUGAUAUGGAUUACAGUGAGACAUUUCAAUUGAAUUCAAUCACUGGAAAUGUACUGUCACUUGAACAAGAAGCAUAUGGACUGUUGAAGGCGAAGACACAAAAAAUCUUACCAACUGUUCGACCGCAUGCGUGUCCCAAGUGUUCGAAGACAUACAAAACUCAAUAUUGCCUGAAAAAACAUAUGAAAGUCCACACCACAAUAGAGAAUUAUCAGAAUGGAAUUAUUAAAAGACUGAAGACAUGGGAGAAGAAUAAAAUGAAAAGAAGCGACGAUGAUUAUGACGACGACGACGACAUUUAUAAGAAAACGAUGCGGCUGACUGACAUCGAAAGUAUUAAGGCGCGGCAGGAGCGAUUCGAUAAACGCAAUAACGUUUAUAAAGACGAAAGUAAUGUCCUCUUUGAAACGAAAAAGGAAAAGGAGACGAAAAAGGAAGGAUAUGAAUGCACGUGCGGACAAGUGUUUCAACGGAGGAGUAGGAUGGAGACAUGCUUUCGGUCGCAUGACUUGGACAAUAACUCUUCACUGUGUUACUCGUGUAUGUCGUGUACGAAACAGUUUAAGAAUAAAGACGAACUCACGUCCCACAGAAAACGGAUGCACCGAAAGCGGUUCCCCUGUAAAUUCUGCCCAACAGACUAUAACACCAGAAAGGAACUAUUCAAACACCUACGAAUACAUCAAAAAGUUCAAUUGAUGGAGUACAAAGUGAUAGCGGAAGUUAUGGAGGGGAAGCAGAAGUUACGAUGUUUCAUGUGCGACAAAACGUGCACGGAAUUGUCUGAAUUGAAGAGUCACGUUAUGGACGAUCACAAGGAACCUUACGUUUGUCCGCGGUGCAAUGAAACGUUUUCGAAAAUUAUCGAUUUUGGACAUCACACGAAAACCGACCACCCGGAAGUGGAAGGGCAAUCCGUGCUGGAUGUAUUGGAAGCGUUCUCGAAGUUAGUGAAAGCGUGGAAAUGUGAGGAAUGCGAGCUACAAUUCCAUGAAGCCGACAAGCUGGCGAAGCACCAAGUGGAGAGCCACAGUCCAGAUCUCAGAGCUGAACCACAGUUCCAGUGCGACGAUUGUCGACGCGUUUUCGUCAGCCAAAAAGGUUUAACGUCUCAUAGAAGGAUACAUCACAGUACGGGCAGCACUGAGGAAGCAGAAACCGUCGAAGGCGUUAUGUGCAUUGAAUGCAGGAAAAUAUGCAAGGACGAGGCGGCUCUAACAUCGCACAUGAGAUUACACUCCCCAGAUAGAAAGUACCCGUGCAAGUUCUGCGACUUCCGCUUCGCAACUCCAGAAAAGAGAAAGGCGCAUACAGAGUUGCACACGGGAGACAUGAAGUAUGUGUGUUUCAUAUGCGAGUAUCAGUGCACUUCGGAGAAUAGGCUGAAACAGCACAAAGUGUCCGAAAAACAUUUGAACAUGAAGCAAUAUCUUAUUUUGGGUCAAACGCAAGGCAAGUCCGUGAAGGAUAUGGACGAUUUGGGCAAAGCGGGGAGUCCAACGUCGUCGUCGUCAACGGAGGAUGAAGGGAUCAUUUGUGAUAUUUGCGGUGAACAGUUUUCUAAUUCAAAGAAAAUGUUGAAACACAAGGAAACGCAUCCGUUUAUAGUAUUCCCCAAUGAAGAUACACCUACUAGGAUAUUCUUCAAGUAGCAAUCCUUGCCUUUGAUUGUAGCUUUAAGAGAAAUUAUAUAAUAUAAAAACUGCGUUGAUCCCGCCUUUGCAGAUGCAAUAGAAUAGCGUUGUAAAGAGUAUAUAUGAAUAAUUUUUCUUGUACGUCGUAAUUUAUUGGCAACAAAAAUUCUAAAUUAAAUAUACUGUUUAUAUAUUGUAAAUUAAACUUGUCACAAAACAGUAUUUUCGUAUACUUCUUGUUUGCAAAUCGGUUUAUAUUGCACAAGUUUGAAAAAGCGACUUAUGAAAAAGUUUCUUUAUUGUGUUUUUUUUUUGUAUAUUUAUUUUUACACUGUUUAGAAGUAGAUUUUGUUUUUUAUGCAGAUUUUGUUCAAUCUGUAUUAUAUGAUUAAUACAUAAAAAUAGCUUUUUUCGUUUUUAUUACAACAAAAAGUUAGGGUCUCAGAUGAAUCCUUUAUGAUAAGGCAAUUAUUUUAUACGAACAUUUUUUCUUAUUGUUUUAUUGUUAAUGUGUUAUAUUUAUAUUUAUUUUCUUCAAAAUGACAUCGACCAAACAAUGAUAAGUUUAUUUUAAAACUAUUAUUUCAGUACAGCACCAUGUCAAAAUUGUGGCAACGCAGUACUGCCAUAAAUUAAAAUAUUGAAUAAAUAAAAAAUUAUUUUUUAAUUUUGUGGUUGUGGGCAUUCAACGUGGAUGUUAGACGAAUAAAUAAGAAAUAUUUGUGCCUUGAUUUUCAAUAAAACGUUUUUGUUUUUAUAUAACAAUAUGAGUCGACGUUUGCCAGUAUCAAGUAUGAUAAAUUUAAAAUAUGAGGAAUAUUUUAGUUUCUUCAAGUGGGAUAACAAUGAAUGUUAGUUGUUAUUAUUAAGAUUUUAUUUACAUGGUUCAAAAUGUGUUUUUUUUCCAUGAACAAGUAUGUUUUUAAAGUUUUUUUUUCUUAUCAUUUAUGUCAUAGUGACUAAGAGAUCUUUUUAACUAUGUACUUCCUAACGAAAUAUUAAAUUUCUGCUCUGAAAGAUAAUUCAGCCCGUGUAAUGUUUACUAUCGCGAUAUAGUAAUAGAUAGUUCUUAUAUUUUUGUAUUAUUGCCUGUGUUAGAAGCUAGUCUGUGGUUUUGUUAACAUUAAGUUGUAUAAUUUUAAAUUAAAUUAAUUUACCACGCAACGCGUUUGCUCUAGAACGAAAUACGAUAUUAUUUCUAUUAGUUAAAGCACAUUCAUAUUAUUUUUUAAUUUGAUAGCUUUGUUCAUCAAAUUUUUUUUGCUCUUUCCCUCUAUGCGAAUCAUAAAUAACGAUUCAAUACGGUCGGAAUAACUUAUUUUUUCUUCUCUAAUGCUUCUCUAUUGUAGAGAUUUUCGAACUCUAGAAAUUGUUAUCAAAAUCUAUUUUUUUUUGUUAAUAUUGAUCGCAUCUACUCUUAUUUAGCUACUGGUGCCUGAUAAUUGUAUUUAAAAGUAAGAUAGCAUUCUAAGCUAGUUAACACAAAAGACAGCAUUGUAUAUUGUUAACUAGUCUUGUAAAUUCAUGUGUUGGUUUGAUUUAAAUAAAAGAAUAUAAAUAUU